AUGCGGGAGCGAGCCUCCAGAGGUCGGCCUCGGACCAUGGCAUCCUAUCCACUGGCAGCAAAUGUAUGCAACAUCACCCAGGUGCGCAACGGCCACAUCAAGCGAAUCACCGACAAUGACAUUCAGUCAUUGGUGCUGGAGAUCGAAGGAACUAAUGUCAGUACAACGUACAUCACGUGCCCUGCUGACCCAAAGAAGACCCUGGGCAUCAAACUACCUUUCCUAGUGAUGAUCAUCAAGAACCUGAAGAAAUACUUCACUUUUGAAGUGCAGGUGCUGGAUGAUAAGAACGUACGCCGGCGUUUCCGGGCAAGUAACUACCAGAGCACAACUCGGGUGAAGCCCUUCAUCUGCACCAUGCCCAUGCGGCUGGACGAUGGCUGGAACCAAAUCCAGUUCAACCUGUCGGACUUCACGCGCCGGGCUUAUGGGACAAAUUACAUCGAGACCCUGAGAGUUCAGAUCCAUGCCAACUGUCGCAUCCGACGGGUGUACUUCUCUGACCGGCUCUAUUCAGAGGAUGAGCUCCCAGCUGAGUUCAAGCUGUAUCUGCCUGUACAGAACAAGGCCAAGCAAUAACACCACGUUGGGAAGAGAUGCAAGAAAUGUUUGGGGUCAGCAGAAAAAAGGAAAACAAAAGCAGGCGGAAGAGAAGGCCCUGCUGAGACCAAGUUUUAGAUCAGCUCACCUUGCCUAGGGUAACUUUGAUUCAACUGGUAUCCCUCUUCUGGACAGGACACAAUUAACCAUGUAACAGGUCUGGGACUAUGUUGUUGUGCGAGUUGUACUGAAUCAGAGUUUUCCUAGCUAUUCCUGAAGUGCUGAGCCUAAACACUGCAAGUGGCCUGGUACCUGAUCUUGUGUUGCACUGAGGCGUUGCUCAAAGUGGCCACUGUGCCUGUGAAGAGGGGAUUCAGGAGGAAUUAUGGGGUUAAGUGUGCCCUCUUGAAGAUACCAAUUCUAUUUUUUUUCUUUCCUUGUUUUCCAUCUCUUAUUUUAUAUAUGCUCUAAAUAUGGAUGUGAUACUCACUCUUGGAAAGUCAUUAAACAUUUGAGACUGU